CAUGUACAAGUCUGCAAACCAGAGCAUUUCAACAAUUUCUGCACAAUCUUUUACCCAAAUAUUCACUACUAUGUUGAGUAUACUAUUUGGGUGGAGGCAGAAAAUAGUUUGGGAAAAAUUCUAUCAGAUUUCUUAUUACUGGAUGCAAUGGACAAAGUAAAAACUGAACCCCCGGAGAUUAUAUCAGUGCAGCCUGUGGGAGAUCAGAGUGAUGCCCUGUCAGUGAAGUGGGUAAUCGAUAUGAAACUGCCUGCAGUGUUUCAUUUAAAAUACGAUCUUCGAUAUCAAAAGAUCGGCACAACGGACUGGAAGCAGAUUCAAAUAGAGAAUGCAUCUCUUCCUAAAAAGUCUUUCAUUAUUGAAGGUCUGAAGCCAUUUACUGUCUACACUGUGGCAAUUCGAUGUAUGAACAUAAAUGGAAAAGGCUAUUGGAGUGAAUGGAGUUUGGAGAAAAAUGGAAGUACUUCUGAAGACAACCCAUCUCAAGGUCCAGCCCUUUGGAUGGUAAAUAAAAAUCCAAAGUCAGAAAACAGAACAAUUCUAAUCAUGUGGAAGGAGGUGGGGGUAUGUGAUGCUAAUGGAAUCAUCCUAGGAUACAGAGUGCAAGUAAAAGAAAAGAGGAAUCAGUCAGUGAUACAGCUUAAUACGACAAAACUGGAACACAUUCUUGUUCUCUCAGGAAAAGCAUAUACAAUAACUAUUAUUGCCUUCAACUCAGCCGGGGAAUCCCCUGAGUCAACCCUGACCGUGCCCGCAGCUCACCAAGGAGAACUUGCACCAGUACAAAACAUCAGUGCUUCUCCGUAUGGUGAUCAGUUGGUAGUGGAGUGGAAGUCUCCAAGUUCCACUGUAAAUGGUUACGUAAUUGAAUGGUGUCUGGCUGAACUGGACAAUGAUCAAUGUAGUGAGCAGGUGCAUUGGAGAUAUGAACACAAUACCACUGAACAGGCAUUUGUACAUGAAAACAUUGUGCCAUUAAGGUGCUAUAAGAUAACAGUUUAUCCUCUAUAUAGUGAUGGUCCUGGAGCUCCAGUUUCCAUAAAAGCAUACCUACAACAGGACUGUCCAGCUCAAGGUCCAAUAGUUCAUCUGAAGAAGGUGGGAAAAACUGAUGCGGAGUUUCAAUGGGAUGUGAUUCCAGUAAAAGAACAGCGUGGUUUCAUCACCAAUUAUACCAUAUUUUAUAAGAAUCACAGUGGACAUGGACAUGCAUCAAAUGUGACUGUUGACUCAGCAAGUCGGAAAUACAUGCUGACUAAUCUAAGAGCUGAUACCUUGUACCAAGUGCAUGUUAUGGCAUCUACCGCAGAGGGAGGCACUAACAGUAUCCCCAUCGUUUUCAAAACAUUACAAUUUGCAAAAGGAGAAACUGAAGCGAUUGCAAUUUGCAUUUUCCUAGGAAUCUUGUUCUUUGCUGCUUUAUCCCUGUUUGUGUACUUUAAGCACAGAAUUACAAAAGCCUCUGUUUCCAAUAUCCCAGAUCCAGCAAAUAGCAUUCACUCUGCAAGUUCACCACAAAGUUCAGCUCUGAGCACCUUUAGUCUGAGUCAAGAGCCAGAAAAAGGCGGAGAUGUCACUGUCAGCAAUGUCAGUGUCAACACUCUGGAAGAGGAACAGAGCCACAGCUGUGAUGCAAGUGACUCAGGAAGGAACUGUUCAAGUCAUAUUGAAGAUACAGCUUUAAUGGAGAGCAACAAUGACCAAUUUUCAUCAACAAGGGUCUCUGUACGAUCAGAGUCCAGUCAGCUACUAUUGGGCAAUGAAGAAAACUAGAUUUAGGACGAGAGAUGUGGAAUUCAAAACCUCUCCAAAUACUUGACUGAGAGUAUCAUUGGAGGGUAAACUAUAGGAAUAAGAAAAACAUUCAUACUCUUCUUGAGCAGUUAAUAUAUCCACUUGUAUAAUGAAGCAGUUGACUGACUCAGCAUGAACUCCAUUUGCUAGAAAGGUGUACCAUAUGUCCAUCAUCUGUGA